AUGGGACUUGUAGGCUUUCGUUCGGAAGAUGGGGCGGGGCUACUCCCGCUGCGCAGCCGCAAAAUCGGCUUCCAGCUGCGCAUGCGCGUCGCCUCGGAGCGCAAGCCGCUUGGGGGCGGGAACAACAACAACAACAACAACAAAAAAGAACUCAGUGUGGUGGCGGGAAGUGAGGCGCGUGGGACAACGAGGCUGAGUGGGAGCGAAGGGGGAGAGGCUUCCACAAGAAGUGGGAUUCUUGGGACGGAAUAUGAAAAGGGAACAAAGAAAACCUUUGCUCCACCUACACAAAAAUUACAUAGUGAAAAACCUCAGCCCAACUCGUGGAAUGAGGAUAUUCCAGGGACCAGUUCUCCAGAGGCAGAGACCAAACCAAGCCUGUUCAAAGCCAGCUUAAAGAAGGGACAGAAGACAACCACAGAGCAUGGUCCAAGCAGGGGCCAGGAGAGCCACUGUGUCAUCUGGGUCCAGUGUUCCUCUCCAAAGUGUGAGAAGUGGCGGCAGCUGCGUGGAAACAUUGACCCCUCAGUUCUUCCAGAUGACUGGUCUUGUGACCAGAAUCCAGAUUUGAAUUAUAAUCGCUGUGACAUUCCUGAGGAGAGCUGGGCAGGGUGUGAGAGUGAUGUGGCCUAUGCCUCCUACGUUCCAGGGUCCAUCAUCUGGGCCAAGCAAUAUGGUUACCCGUGGUGGCCAGGUAUGAUAGAAUCUGAUCCUGACAUGGGGGAGUACUUUCUGUUUGCUUCUCAUCUUGAUUCCCUGCCAUCUAAGUACCAUGUGACAUUUUUUGGAGAAACGGUUUCUCGUGCAUGGAUCCCAGUCCGAAUGCUGAAGAACUUCCAAGAGCUGUCUUUGGAGCUAGCCAAAGUGAAAAAGUGCAAGAACAAGGACUCCAACCAGAAGCUGGAGGCAGCCAUAGCAAUGGCUCACAGGGCAGAACAGAUCAGUAUUCAGGAGCGGGUUAACUUGUUUGGUUUCUGGAGUCGAUACAGUGGAGCUGACAUCAGUGGGGAAGGAAAAGAUUUGAUGCUCUGUGAGUCCAACAACCCUGAGUCUUGUCCGGAGAAAGAAGAGAAGGACUCAGAGGAGGAGCAGGAGGAGAAAGAAGAGAAGAAAGACCCAACUUUGCCUAGAUCCAAGCCAGCUAGAAUGCAGACAAAAAAACCCAAGUCAAGAGGCCCAGCAGGAGGACAAGAUGGGACUCCAAAGGAGAAAACUGUGAAGAAAUCUCUGGUCAGUGAAUCCACAGUCCCUCCUGUACCCACACUGAGAGGGAAGGAAGAACAGGGGAAUUCAGACCUGGACUAUCCAGGUAAGCCUCAGAGACUCAAAGGCUGCAUCUCUCCUCCCCGGGUCAUUUCUGAAAAACUGAACAAACCUUCAUGCUUUUGUGUUGAGGUGUUGUAA